AUGCUGAAGAGGAAGUUUCAACCUUACAAGAAAACCCUGGAUGGAGGUUGGGGAUGGAUGGUCGUAUUUCAUUUCUUCCUGGUAAAUGUAUUUGUGAUGGGGAUGACCAAGACUUUUGCAAUUUUCUUUGUGGUUUUUCAAGAAGAGUUUGAAGGCACCUCAGAGCAAACUGGUUGGAUUGGAUCCAUCAUGUCAUCACUUCGUUUUUUUGCAGGUCCCCUAGUUGCUGUUAUUUGUGAUAUAACUGGAGAGAAAACUGCCUCCGGUCUUGGGGCUUUCCUUGUUGCUGGUGGAUAUCUGAUCAGCAGCUGGGCUACAAGCAUUCCCUUUCUUUGUGUGACUAUGGGACUUUUACCUGGUUUGGGCUCUGCUUUCUUGUACCAAGUUGCUGCUGUGGUCACUACCAAAUACUUCAAAAAACGAUUAGCUCUUUCUACAGCUAUUGCCCGUUCAGGGAUGGGACUGACAUUUCUGUUGGCACCCUUUACGAAAGUCCUGAUAGAUCUGUAUGACUGGACAGGUAUCAUUGAAACAGUCAGUCAGAUUAUCUCUGGAUGGGUUGCUGAUCAAAACUGGAUCAAGAAGUAUCAUUACCACAAGUCUUACCUCAUCCUCUGUGGCGUCACUAACCUGCUUGCUCCUUUAGCCACCACAUUUCCAUUACUUAUGACCUAUACCAUCUCCUUUGCUGUCUUUUCCGGUGGUUACCUGGCAUUGAUACUUCCUGUACUGGUUGAUCUGUCUGGGAAUUCUACAGUACACAGCUUUUUGGGACUUGCAAGUUUCUUUGCUGGGAUGGCUGUCCUUUCUGGACCACCUUUAGCAGGCUGGUUAUAUGAUUAUACCCAGACAUACACCGGCUCCUACUACUUCUCGGGAGCAUGCUAUCUCCUCUCUUCAGUUUCCCUUUUCUUCGUACCAUUGGCUGAAAGAUGGAAAAACAGUGUGACGACAAAGAGAGAAGACUGCAGUCAAGUGAGAGGCUAA